AUGCUGCUGCAGUCCUCGUCGAGGUUCCUCCUGAAGAUACUGGAAAGCCGAGCGUAUAGGUGAACAAUUUGCUCCGAACCCCCCUACGGCUUUUAGCGAUUUGCGUCUGUGGGAUGGGAUCUGGAUCUGUUUAAUUCCGGGCGCUUAUAGAAGUGUUCCUGUCGAUGGUGACGUUUCCUCGACGUUGGUGGUGGUGGAUUGUCGAGGAAUGCCGAUCGUUAUGCCUGCGCAGAUGGUGGAAUUACGUCGGAUUUUUAAAAUGUUUGCAGUUCAUAGAAAGGGACAGCUUCCUAAUGAUUUUCAGCCGCACAUGCCUGGGUGUUUUAUUUCUUCAGUGGUCCGGAGAAAGGCGUCGAUCUUGAUUGCCACUCGGUUGAGUUUGAUGAUGUUCGAUAUCACAUUCAGGUGUGUUUUUCUUAUAUAAUUUAUCUGGACAUAAACAACAUGUGUGGAAUUUUGUGGACAAAAGGGCAGGUUAGGAAGCUGCCUUACAAGGAUCUUUAAUGCCUUCAGUUCUCUGUGAAGAGUCCUCAACUCAUGCUGAUAUCAGUCUCGCUGCCCACUCCGCCACCAGAAACCGUGUUCAUUGCCGGUCUCCCUUUUGGCGCCAUAGAAGCUGUAAAGGCGGCAUACGGCGGAGUGGUACAGAUUCUUGAUCCCCCAAAGGAUGGAUACAAUCUCACAAUGAAACUCAACUUGUCCAAACUUCCAGCAAACGAAGGUCAAACGAUUUUCCUUCUCAAGGUCAUUAUAAAUUUGUUAUAUUAUGUCUGUGCAUAGGAUUGCCAUCAUCGUGCACAGUUGUGUGAACUUGACUGUAAGGACAGCAUAAUAUUUUACGAAAUGCAAUAUCUUCUUUUUAGAUGUUCAAAACACUUCUUCAUGCGCAUGAACUACAGUCUAUAUAUAAUAUAGAUAUUAUUUACAAAGUAGAAUAGGGCUUGCCUUCUUGUAAUGCUGAAGACUCGUCAGUGCGACUGCCAAAUGAGGUCGAGAAGGAGAAGUAGGCGGAGAAAAGCUGUCUUAGGUGUGCAGGAUUAUUUUAUUAAUUGACAGUGUGUUGUUUUAUACACUCAGAAAUGACGCAGCAGAAAUGAUAGGAUAAAGAUUUGAUCGAAUUGACGUAGCUUGAGUCGAAAUCUUGUCUUUGAAUCCACGAGAUUUGAUCUAGUUUUUUGUGAAGAUCCUUCACCCUGAGUCCACAUAAGGAAGAAACAUGAUCCUUCACUGUUGAAUCCACAAAGACUUCAUCCUAGGUUCACAUGAUCAAAAUAGUUCCCUUGAAUCCACAAAGGGCGUUGGGAUCCACUAGCAGAGAAAUAGAACUUCAAAAGAGGUAAAAUGUUGUAGAAUUGAUUGAAAAUAGAUUGAUUACCUCUAAGGUUACAAGGGGGUCCCUACAUAGAACAAAAUCUAGUUAUAAUGUCCAUAGCUGGAGAUUCUGUUAGAACAUUCCGAAAGAAAAGGUGGGGUUCUCCUUAAGGAAAAUGAGAGGUUCUGUUAUUUAUGUCAUUCAAACAGAACUAAAAAGUAGGAAACGAAAAUAAAAGCGGGAAUUUAAGUUCCAACACAUUUAGGAUGCCUCCAAAUCUCUUAUGGGCCAUCUCAUGCUAAAUUUGGGCCAGCUUGUAUCUUUCACACAUCUUGGGCCUCUAGUCCAUUUGGGCUUAGUUGAAACUGGGCUGCAUCAAGAAAUUGGUUCAAUUCAAAAGUACUCACAUACUUCGUAUGUAUUCUUUUUAUACUCUUAUCAGAUAAGGAUCUUACUAAUGUCUCAACAUUCCGAUUUGUGUUCUUUUUAGGAAUCCCAGAAAGGUUGAAUUUCGGACCAUAACAUCUGACAUCGGAACUUGUGACUCAGUGUUGUUAAGAUUUACAUUAAUCUAGUUUCCUUGAAUUUUAGACCUUUCUAUCAACCCAUCUGAGAUGGCAAACUAAUCUUCUUGAAAGGGUGCUGGUGAUUCAUUUUAUUUCCAACCACGCACACUUCUCAUGAUUGCUUUAUGAUCAUUUGAACAUCAAGUUCAAUAUGGAAAAUAUGUAAGUUACCCAGCUUCUCUUAAAUGUAUGAUAUCCAACAUUUCGGAAAUAUCAUGGUCUUUGGUUUCUUGUGUGUCACCCGUAGGAAGAUUAUCACGGUACCUGAAAUGCAGGUGGUUGUCACCUGUAUGGCAUACAAUUUGAUCGUAACAAAAGAAUCAUACAGUGGAUGAAUCUCUCUAGAGUUUUGAUCACUAUGGCGUUCUCCAAAUUUCUAUUGGUUCUUAUUGAUAUCUAAAUACCAAUUGAUUUAAUCCAUCAUGCUUCACACUAUCUCUAGGAUCAAAGAUUCGCAACUCCAGACUGCAUAUCCAUAUGAGAAGAGUCCCUUGGAACUAGAUUUUUCUCCUCCCCAUGUUAUCACAACUGGUCGCUAAAUUUCGUUUGAAUUCUCGGGUACCAAGCUGCACAUUUAAAGCUUCCACUCUCAAAAAAGUCUGAAGAAAACGUUCAGUUUUCUGUUACGUCAUUAGAAGAACAAAUCUAAAGGUUACACUAAAGAUAAUUGUGGAAUGAGGUGGAAUAUCAUGGUAUGUUCAGUUUUCUAUGAUACUCUAGUGCUUUGUGAUCGAAUAUGAUUGAAUGAUAUAGUGCGGGGUGACACACCACCAGCCACCAUCUGCCUAUCAUUUUAACAAGGAAACAUCACAUUUAGUUAAGAGGGAUCUGAUGAAACUCUGUUUUGACUAGGCGGAAAUAUUUUUUACCUUGGGCAAAACUGUUUUAGAAGUUUCGAAUUUGAAGUCUUUUCUGAGGUUAUCAAAGCCGCAAAGAUUAUUUUGAAUAUUGUCAUUCUUGUCGCUAUGCAGUGGCUAUGGUACCAGCUCCUUUUUCUUUAAUUUUAUACCGCUUUUUUGCACCCUCCAAAUUUCUAAGACUUGUCUAUUAUCGUUUGUUUUACAAUGAUGCAAUUUUAUUUUCAUUCAGAGCAAAGACAUGCUGUUUUGGUGAAAAUAUCGUCUGUGAGAGAACUUGUGUUGGGAGCUCCACUAAAGGUGAUUCUGAAGCAUCUAGCAUCAAAAACUGUUGCUCCAAAUGUGGACAGUUUUGUUGCUCUCGUACACAGGCCCAAGGAAUCUUAUUUUGUCAUUCCUCAGGUACAUUACUCCUUGUAAAGUGACUAAUGGAAAACGAAUACACUAUGAUUCCUGUAGAGUUUAUGACGUCCAUGUCAUACCCUUAUGUUGGGCAAUCGUGGUAAUUUAUCAGUGAAAAAGGAACCAUAUAUUUCUUAGAAUUUUCUUUUCAGCAUCUUCGAAGUUUGUCCCCGAAACCUUCAAUAAGUUUUAUCUCGGUAAAGCUUGAGUUUCUUCCUGACUAAGCAUAGCUUAAUAAAGCGCUAAGGUUAUGUUGACUGCGGUUUUGGUUGUGGUUCCUUCAUUCCACUAAUUCAACUUAUUCCAUUUCAUUACAAUGAAUGAUACAGGGUCUGCUAUCCUUUAUGUUUCGUAUCAUUUUAUGGUCGAAAAUUUUAUCUACUGAUAUAAUCUCAUAGACUAGACUGGCAAUCUUUGUUUUCAUAACAGGCAGACAGAGUUACAAUAGUGUAUCCCAUGAGAUUUAUGGACUCUGUUGAUACAGUUCUGGCGAUGUCUUUCUUGCAGGUAAAAAACAUAUCACAGACUCAUAAAUUUUACCAACAUUGUAUUUUGGUUUUCUGACAUAUAUGCCGUGUUAGUUACUAUAAGAACCUUGCACAUCUAAAUGAUUGACUUAUUUUUAUAAUACUACGGUGAUUGCCUGUUUAUUACUUCUGGUAGAAAUGUUAUCGUUAGGGGUACAACCUAACCUUCAUUGUCCUCCACCGAGCCCUACUAAUUAGGGCUGGAGAAAUGGAUCUUAUCUCACCACUUCACUCACAUAGAGCAUGUGCAUUGGGCAUGCAUUUUCCAUUAUGCUCUUUCAAUGUUUCUGUACAAGCCAUGUUUGGUUUUCUGUUCUUUUGAGGGUCCUUGCGAAAAUAGUGAUUUCAUCCCUUAACCUUCGUGCCUGUUAGCUUCUGUGUACACACACUAAUCCAAGGGGAUCUCUUAGGCCCUGCUAUUGCUGUUGCCUCUGCCAUCCUUUUGAUGUAUGCUGUCUUCUUGCCUUUGUAUAUGUGGACGUUUGCAUCGUUUUUUUAUUGAUUCUUGUUCGUUUCUGUUGGAAAUUAUAGGUCGUAAGAAAAUUAUGUAAAAGACUGGGGGUGUUUUGCAAAAUUGUGUAAGGUUGCUCCCUAUAUAAUAGGGGUUAGAGGUGAAUGAAUCUUGAGCCGGUUUCUGCCGUUCUCCCCUCUGUCCGUGACGAGGUUUUACUUUCUCCAUUUCAACAGUUUCAAAUGUUAGCCGCCCAACAUGUUCUCAUGUACCAUAGUUGGCGCGAUUUCUGUCUAAUAGGAAUACGAUGAUUACACAGUAUGUGAAGUUGAGUGAAUUAUAGGGAAUUAGUCGUGACCUGUGUGGCCUAUGCAUGUUAUUCUCCAGGAAUUCGUGGAGGCGAGGCGAACUGCUGGGCUUAAUAAUGCACCUUCUUGUGCAUGGUCUCUUUCUCCUCCCCCAGAGUUGAAAGGAGCUCCUGCUCAUGCCCUGGCUGUGAAUGCGGGUUUUGUUACUUUCGGUAAUUCUGUAAGUUCAAAUGCUAACGUUUAUUUUCACAUUCUGGGGCUUCUCAUCGGUUCUGUUCUUUCUCAGUGAUCUUACCAUCCCACGUUGAAAGUGGAAAGCUGGACAGAACUGUGUGGUGUUUGUCAACAUUUCAUGCAUACGUCAGUUAUCAUGUGAAAGUAAGUUUUUAUUCUAUGCCCACUACUGUAAACGUUUCGACGUCUUAUUUUUAUUGAUUUGGAUAAAAAAAUUCAUGUAAUUGAAUGAAAACAGAGGCCUAGGUAAGCAGUUUGAAGACUAAAUCCUUUUAGCAAUACGAAAAUUUAUGUGAUGAUCUCUCUCACUUGUUUAGACUGUCGUGCUAAAAUUGAGAAAUUUACACCAGCUCUUAAUGGCACUAUUUUUUUUAUAAUAUUCACCUUUCGAAUUGCUGCUCGUUCAAACUAAUAUUUCCAGAUAGUUUUCAUUAUGUUCUAUCAUUUCUAGAUCUUUGUGAGAAAUUAAAUGCUGGAAGCCAGUUUUUUAUGGGUUAAUUUCAACAUUCGGGAGAUAUACAAUUUUUUUUCCCUCUCUGGACUGUCAUCUAAUAUCCGCAGCGCUUGUGGACACACACACACACAUGUAUAAAGAGAGAGAGAGAGAGAGAGAGAGAUCUUUAGCUGUGAUGCAGCAAGAAUGCCCUCACAAUCGUUACUAGUGAAGCCCAUCUAGUGGUUUCCAAAUUUCCAUUUUUGGUAAUGUGUUCCUCGCUCUCAACUCGAUAGAUAUUAACAUUGCUUCCAAUGUUCUUCCUGGUCAACAGAGCUCAGAGGCUUUCAUGCACACUAGAAUGCGACGCCGUGUGGAAUCACUGAUCCAGGUCCCUAAUUCUCUCCUCCCUUUUCUCUACCACGUACACCUCCCUUUGUCCUUGGCAAGGCGUUCUACACUGGCGUCUUACAUGCGGUAGCGAUAAGAGGGAGACUCAUGUGGCCGCUCCACAUCUCAUUAAUCUUCACUGCUGCCCGAAUAUUUCUGAUAUGCCUCCUUCUGGUCGUGGGCGUCUCUCUUUUGCGAUCUCGACGUGGCUUCCCCAGGCGCUGGACCGUGCCAAGCCGGAUGCGGAGAAGACCCAGACGAAAGGCCAAGAAAAGUCUUUCAAGCAGCUGGUUUGUUCUCGAGAUUCUCCCAUACUUUCUUUCCUUUUACACUUUCUAGGAUCCGACUUCGUCUUCUGAUCCUGUAGAGUCUGAAGGAGGAGACGCGUGGGAAUUCGAAAUCGUCUAAGCGGAGGUAG